AUGGGUUUGGGUUUUUGGGUUUUUGGGUUUUUGGGUUUUUGGGUUUUUGGGUUUUUGGGUUUUUGGGUUUUUGGGUUUUUGGGUUUUUGGGUUUUUGGGUUUUGGGUUUUUGGGUUUUGGGUUUGGGUUUUGGGUUUGGGUUUGGGUUUGGGUUUGGGUUUGGGUUUGGGUUUGGGUUUGGGUUUGGGUUUGGGUUUGGGUUUGGGUUUGGGUUUGGGUUUGGGUUUGGGUUUGGGUUUGGGUUUGGGUUUGGGUUUGGGUUUGGGUUUGGGUUUGGGUUUGGGUUUGGGUUUGGGUUUGGGUUUGGGUUUGGGUUUGGGUUUGGGUUUGGGUUUGGGUUUGGGUUUGGGUUUGGGUUUGGGUUUGGGUUUGGGUUUGGGUUUGGGUUUGGGUUUGGGUUUGGGUUUGGGUUUGGGUUUGGGUUUGGGUUUGGGUUUGGGUUUGGGUUUGGGUUUGGGUUUGGGUUUGGGUUUGGGUUUGGGUUUGGGUUUGGGUUUGGGUUUGGGUUUGGGUUUGGGUUUGGGUUUGGGUUUGGGUUUGGGUUUGGGUUUGGGUUUGGGUUUGGGUUUGGGUUUGGGUUUGGGUUUGGGUUUGGGUUUGGGUUUGGGUUUGGGUUUGGGUUUGGGUUUGGGUUUGGGUUUGGGUUUGGGUUUGGGUUUGGGUUUGGGUUUGGGUUUGGGUUUGGGUUUGGGUUUGGGUUUGGGUUUGGGUUUGGGUUUGGGUUUGGGUUUGGGUUUGGGUUUGGGUUUGGGUUUGGGUUUGGGUUUGGGUUUGGGUUUGGGUUUGGGUUUGGGUUUGGGUUUGGGUUUGGGUUUGGGUUUGGGUUUGGGUUUGGGUUUGGGUUUGGGUUUGGGUUUGGGUUUGGGUUUGGGUUUGGGUUUGGGUUUGGGUUUGGGUUUGGGUUUGGGUUUGGGUUUGGGUUUGGGUUUGGGUUUGGGUUUGGGUUUGGGUUUGGGUUUGGGUUUGGGUUUGGGUUUGGGUUUGGGUUUGGGUUUGGGUUUGGGUUUGGGUUUGGGUUUGGGUUUGGGUUUGGGUUUGGGUUUGGGUUUGGGUUUGGGUUUGGGUUUGGGUUUGGGUUUGGGUUUGGGUUUGGGUUUGGGUUUGGGUUUGGGUUUGGGUUUGGGUUUGGGUUUGGGUUUGGGUUUGGGUUUGGGUUUGGGUUUGGGUUUGGGUUUGGGUUUGGGUUUGGGUUUGGGUUUGGGUUUGGGUUUGGGUUUGGGUUUGGGUUUGGGUUUGGGUUUGGGUUUGGGUUUGGGUUUGGGUUUGGGUUUGGGUUUGGGUUUGGGUUUGGGUUUGGGUUUGGGUUUGGGUUUGGGUUUGGGUUUGGGUUUGGGUUUGGGUUUGGGUUUGGGUUUGGGUUUGGGUUUGGGUUUGGGUUUGGGUUUGGGUUUGGGUUUGGGUUUGGGUUUGGGUUUGGGUUUGGGUUUGGGUUUGGGUUUGGGUUUGGGUUUGGGUUUGGGUUUGGGUUUGGGUUUGGGUUUGGGUUUGGGUUUGGGUUUGGGUUUGGGUUUGGGUUUGGGUUUGGGUUUGGGUUUGGGUUUGGGUUUGGGUUUGGGUUUGGGUUUGGGUUUGGGUUUGGGUUUGGGUUUGGGUUUGGGUUUGGGUUUGGGUUUGGGUUUUGGGUUUGGGUUUGGGUUU